AUGGAAAGAUUGGUUAACAGAAGGCUGACCUGUUUCAUUGAGACCAACAAUAUUCUUAGGAGUGAACAAGCAGGUUUUAGGCCACAAAGAUCAACGAACCAACAAGAAGCUACUUUCUCUGAACACAUCAAAGAUGCCCUUGAUGCAAGAAAUACCCUUACGGGCCUUCCACAGGGGGCUGUCGCAAGCUGCACUCUUUUCAAUAUCUUCAGCAAUGACAUAGCCGAAUUGGUACAAGCUGUCACGGGCACCAAGUGCUUACUUUAUGCAGAUAAUCUUGUUCUAUGGUAUUUUGCUUACUUUAUGCAGAUGAUCUGGUACUAUGGUAUUCCGGGCUUACUUUAUGCAGAUGAUCUUGUUCUAUGGUAUUCCGCCUACUUUACGCAGAUGAUCUGGUACUAUGGUAUUCCGCCCCCAAGGAAAAAAGCUAAGGAGAGGACAGAAAGUGUCCUAAAUUGUGCACUUACAUGA